CCUCACGCACAUGCGCUCUGCACCUCACAUUUUUCCAAGAUGGCGUUAGGAGAAGCAUGACUAGCAAGCUUUAACCUGCAAACAUGGCACGCGUUCAGACGGACCAGUUGACUUUUGGGGACUUCACGACUGGCCUGAGUCCAGAAGAACACAGCCGAGUGUGUGGUAUCCUCAGGGCACAGUCACCCAACAAGAGAGUGGAGUUGCCCUGGGAAGAGCAGCACAGAAUCCUGGUGGCCACCGCCCCUGCACCCACAGCCAUCCCCGAGGUUUCAGCAGUAGAGGACCAAGUCGCCCAUGCGCCUGCGCCAGGCUAUGUAGACUCCGCCCCAGCUUCCCUGCAGCAGCAGGAUUACGUCCAGAUCUCCGCCAACCACCGCGUGGAUUCAUCGUCAGAGUCCAGCUACAUAUCGAGUUCCGACAAACAGGGAUAUUACCGGAGCCCCUCAGACUCUGUCGCUAGCAGCGAGUCGGAAUCCGUGCAAGGAAAGGACACAGUGAAAGACGAUAGCAAUGGAAAUGGUAAUGGUAAUAAUAUUAACGGAAACGCCAAACCAAAGGAGAGGAGAAACAAAAAGAAGCGCCCGCCGAACUAUUACAAGGAUCUUGAGGCAGGAUCUGCAGAGACAGUUGUUACAGAUGUUCCCGCGCCGUUACAGAGACCGGUAGAGAAUCACGUGGACGUGAGACCACAGAGAAUAUCAGAGAGCUCGGGGCGGUUGGAGCCCGUUGACGCGAGUCAUCAACAUGUGCCUGUGAAAGACGUAGCGAUCAGCAAUGUUAACGUUACUUCCCACUCUAACGACGUGCCUGCUAGCCCCCUUCAGGAACCUCCCAGGACUAUUCUAAAAACAGUUGGGGAUUCUGAGAUCAAACAUAGACCAAAUGUAGACCCCAUUGUUCCUUCUCCUAGCGUAGUGGUCGUUCCAAACGGACCCUUGUCACCGUUACCAGUGCCAGCAGACGUCGCCAAGCCCUCUGCUGAGGACACUCAUGAAGUUAGCAGUCAUUCUAACCCAGCAGGGGCAAUAAUAGAGGAAGAGGCUGGCGGAAAUGUGUCAAAUCCUUCCCAAGAGGCAACUGCAGCAACAGUUUAUUCCCACAAUGCAAUGGGAGAGAGCCAGGAAGAUGCAAAAAGUGAGGAGUCUGUCAGUCAAGGAGAUGACGGCCAAUCAGAGCAGUCUGUAAAUAAUUCAAAUCCACCUGCUGUGUCCUCUCCUCCCCCGGCCACUCCUAAAACUUGGGCUGGAUUAUUCAAAGGCUCAAGUAGUCCACAGAUGGCCCAUAAUGCCCCUCUAGCUUACGUGGCACACGUGGGGAACGACGAGACUGCGCCCGCCAGCAUCCCCACACCAGCCCAAGGCCCCACAGGUGAACCCCAAGCCAAGCUUGCUGAGAAGAUGGUUGUACCCCCAGAAGACGAUGACCACAUAAGGGGCCUUGGAGAGUACCUACUGGACCCCAAGGUAAGCCACAAGCCAGUGGCCCUGCAGCCACGUGGACUGGUCAACAAAGGCAACUGGUGUUAUAUCAAUGCCACCCUCCAGGCCAUGGUAGCCUGUCCCCCCAUGUACAACCUCAUGAAGAACACGCCCCUCCCCAGCUCGCCAAACAAGAGGGGCCCCACUGCCACACCAAUCCUGGACUGCCUAAUGGAGUUCAUGGGCGAGUUUGGAUCCAUGCCUAAUUCUCAAAAGACCAUAGCUGGUAAGAAGCCUGCCCAGGACUUGAGACCAGGAAGCCCGUUUGAGCCGACCUACGUCUACCACAUGUUGUCUCUUAUCAAGUCCACGCUGUCUUCCAAGGGUCGGCAGGAGGAUGCAGAAGAGUUCCUGUCUUGCGUGUUGAAUGGCAUCCAUGAAGAGAUGCAGGUGGCCAUGAAAAUGGCACAGAAAGAUAACCAGCCUAAGAUGAACGGUGAGCUGACACCGAAGUCUGACGGCCCUGCCUCGCCGACCCCACGAGAGGACGGAGCGGUGGAGGGAUACAUGAGGGAGCAGGAGGAGGGUGAUGAGGACGAGUGGGAGCAAGUGGGACCAAAGAACAAGUCCACUGUCACACGGACUGCAAACUUCGUCAGGACGCCGAUAUCAGACAUCUUCGGUGGCCAGCUGCGCUCCAUCUUCCACCAGCACGGCACCCGAGAGUCCGCCACACUGCAGCCUUUCUUCACACUGCAGCUGGACAUCCAGUCUGAGAAGAUCUGGACCGUGAAAGAUGCCCUGGAGGCCAUGGUGACUAAGGAGACCAUCCAUGGGUACACAUGCUCCAAGACCAAACAAGAGGUGGAAGCGUCGCGGCGGAUGAUGAUCGAGGACCUUCCCCCCGUCCUGGUCCUGCACCUCAAACGCUUCGUCUACGACAAAACGGGCGGUUCUCAGAAGGUACAGAAGAGGGUGGACUUCAACAUCGAACUGGACAUUAACAAAGAACUGCUGUCCCCUGCGGUGAAGAACAAGCUCCACCAGGGCCAGCGUACGUACCGCCUGUUCGCCGUGGUCUACCACCACGGGAAGAACGCCACGGGCGGUCACUACACCACCGACGUGUUCCACGUGGGCAUCAACGGGUGGCUCCGCUUCGACGACCAAAACGUGAAAGUGGUGACGUCCCAGCAGGUGAUGAAGUACACCCCUCCACGCGUGCCAUACCUCCUGUACUACCGCCGCUGCGACCUGAUCUGAGCCACCGCCACCUUUCAGUUCCAAAAUGCCAAAAAAGUGUUUCUUUUUUAAACGGCAUUUCACGGUCGAACUUUGGACAUUGGAGCUUGAGCCCUCCAAAAAGUACAUAGGAGUUUGAGAUCUCCAGAAAGUAUUGAGGAGCAAUGAAGCUGCUUUACGUGACUGCAGCGAAAUGACUCGAAUAGUUUGAAAGUUGACACUUUGCUCUGAACGAAGAUUGACAUUAAUGCUGCUGACCCACUAGAAUGAAGACGAGCAUCUAAUCAUAAUGCAGCUAUACGAACUAGAAGAUACAACAAGCAGGCGAGAACGAGAGACCAAGAUAUACUGGAAAGUGAUUAUUAAGUGUAAUUCCAUUGAUGAAGGAGUGUCGGUGCAUUGAAGACUUUUGUACGAGCUUGUUUGUUUUGCCUCAAAACGUAGGAUCCGGACUUUGGCUUGUAAUGGUGCACUGCUCCUUAGCAUGGAACCGUAGAGAUGUUCACAAUGGAUGUCUUUACAGUUGAUAAAUGUAGAUGCUGUACAGUAUUUGAAACCGGACUUCAUGUAAGGACGGAACUACUCUAUAGAUAAGAGAUUUUCCUUUCAACUUGCAGUUGAGUCGUCUAUGGGGCGAAUCAAAUUGUCGUAUUUAGGAAGAUCCAAUUUUCUUGGAAAAAGAAUGACACUUUGAAAGAUGAUGCCCAAAAGUUGCCACUUUUUCCAAGGACGUAGAUAUGUUCAGACAGUUGAUCAUGGGAAGGUUUCAGAGAACAGUUAGUGUAAAAGAAUGUUGGCUGUCGAAGAUUGGGGUUGCAAAAGUACUCAUUGACGGAAUAUAGUGUUCGAGCGAUAAUGAAAGACGUUAUCGUAUGCCGAAAGUUGAUUCCAGCGAGCUCCAUACUUGGGUGUAUACAAGCUAAUGUUUGUUGCAAGUUGCAGCUUUUUCUUGCCACCGAGGCAACGUUUUAACACUGCACAGAGGCAAACAUUGAAAUACUGAAACUUAGAUGCUGCCAUUGAAGGUGAACUCUUGUGUGUUGCAUUGUUGAGCAGCCAAUCAGUGAUUUAAAAGUAAGAGACCAGGCUGCCCAAGCCUUAGCAAAAAUGAGCUCCAGAGUUUGGCACACUUUUAUAUUUUGUACCAAACAGAAUGGCAAGUAAGCUUUGGAAAAUGCAUUUAGGUAAAAGACAGCAUCAGCAGAGAAAAGGCAACACUGUCCUAAGGACUAUGUUAGAUAUACAUUUUCUUUUUGUACGUGUCUAAUUCAAAAAGUGGUCACUCUGUUAAUGUGGCAAAUAUUUUGCCAGUUGUGUUUCUGAGAAUUUUCAAAGAAACUAACUGCUGAUUCGUACUGUUAAAAUGACCGAUAAGGAAUAUUGAUACAUGAAGGCCUGAGACUAGGUUGAUUGAGUUGUAUAUGCAGAAAUUUACCAUUCAGCUAGCAAUAAUUUGCUUGUAAGGAGAGAAAGGAUGAUUUCUCAGGUGUUGUCCAAAAUCUCAAAACUGCUGUGCAAUAUAAAGCCCUCCUUUUGCAUAGGAUUUUUUUUUAUCACUUUAUUCUUUUUUUUAUUGUUGAAAAUGUCAUCUGUGCCUGUCAAACCCAGUUUUGCAUUUGUGUAAUGUCCACUUUCUUGUGAUUGUCACAAGUUUUGCACUCUCCCAAAACAGCUACCAACACAAAUACAAGACAAAAAAAAUGUCAAUUUUACAUGAAAAUUGCACACCUCGUGGUCCAGGUCACGAGACAUUUUUACCUACAUUAGGAUGUUUAAAUAUCAUUCUGUGCUAGCCUAGUGGUUGGUUAGCAUUGGUUACAGGAGAAGUUUACUUGAAGUUAAUAUUGUGCAAACUUGUCUUCAGGUACAAAAUGUAUUAAACAUUAAGGUGUUGGAUAAGUUGUAUGAUGUUCAUAGAUAGUGUACUCCAUUCUUCCUUUUUUUUCUUUGAUAACCACUGAAAAUUUUGUUCUUGAUGUGUAUUUCUGUCAGCACUGUUAAUUAACGUUAUUUCUCUCACAGCCUUACCGAGUCUUUGUGUUUAAAACGAGUUCUUCCUACGUACUGCAUGUCACAAAAAGUCACGUUGCACAUGACGGCAGCUUUUGUACCUUUUUGAGAUGAACACCUGACGUUUCUGAACAAGAUGUACAGAUUCAGAGCGCCCAAAAAACCGCCGCUUACCAUUUUUUGGGAGAUAGUAUCGAAUCAGAUAAUUAUGAGACAAUGCUUGUAGAAAAAGGGCAAGUUAUAUUUGCUAUUGCAGGGCAAAGAUAAAACUGCAUUGUACAAUACGUUGACAAUGUGUAUUAGGUGACAGGGCAUCUUGUGCACAUUAACUUAGAUUUAGCAUAUGAAAAUGUUAUCAAAUGGUUGUUACGUGAUGCCCUAGGAAGGUGAAUAAAAUAGCAUUGCUUUG